AUGUUUGAUGUUGUUGUUGUUGUUGGUGGUGGUGGUGGUGGUGGAGGUGGUAAUGGUGCUUCUGAUGUUGUUGAUUUUGGUGGUACUGUUGCUGCUGAUAUUCCUGAAGUUAACGUCUGAUG